AUGCCUUCUCAAAAGACCUUCAGAGUCAAGCAAAAGUUAGCUAAAGCACAAAACCAAAACAGACCAUUGCCACAAUGGAUCAGAUUAAGAACUAACAACAAGAUCAGAUACAAUGCAAAGAGAAGACACUGGAAGAGAACCAAGUUAGGUUUAUAA